AUGCUACUCCGAUUGCUACCAGACGACUUUCCAAAACCGAUCAAGAAAUUGAUAUACCUCAUCCUUGGCACAGUGUCCAUAUUAAUAGCCAGAAAAUGGAAAACAGCGGACUUGCCCUCCACCCGAGAAAUUGAAACAGAAGUGACAUUGGCAAUGGAGUACGAACUCAUCAUGUGGAAGCAGGCGAAAAUCGGAAAAUUAAGCCCCUACACCGCCAUGAUGUGGCGAAACUAUACACAACAACUCACGCAAAACCAACACAGAUCUUCCUAG